AUGGCUCAGCCAACACUCAUCAACAGUGCACGCGCUGGAGAUACAAGCAUGCUCGGCAAUGCCACGAAUCAGCCACUCCAGCAAUCUGCUCAACCAAGCCCCGCCGCGGCUGACACCCCUUCUCCGCCGACCAGAGACCCCGCCAACAAGCUCUUCUCUGUUUGGGAACUCGUCGAAAAUGUGCUUUUGCACCUCACUUUCAACGACCUCGUCCGCAUCCAGAAUGUCAACCGGACCUUCAGAUCCACUGCUCAGUCCUCAAAGAAGCUCCGGCAAACUCUCUUUCUGGCUCCUCGCGCGGAGCUUCAGCCGAAGCAGUGGCUGUACAUCAAGGGGUGGGGCGAGGAAAUCUCGAAAUUGUUCAGCGUUCCUGUGGAUGGUACAAUCAAUCGACUUGACGAUAGCUCGAUUCAACGUGGGUUCAAUGCUGCUGAUAGAUGUAUCAAGCAAGUUGAGCGUGGUAUCUUGCGGAAGCCCAUUCAUCAUGCCUCGCCCGCGGUGUUGAACCCGCUUGUGUUCAACAAGAACGACCGGGGAUACUAUGGAUUUCCAGCCGCUCCAGGCUGGCAUCGCACACUCGCCGGCAAGAAGACGAAGCCGCCAGAAGCAACGGGAGAAAUGCUKCUCACGCAACCACCAGUCUGCGAGCUGGACCUUCGCAUCAAUAAGUACACAAGCAAAUAUGCGAUGAACAACUACUUCAAGGUUCGAAACGACGCUGGAUUGACGGUGAAUGAUGUGCUCCGUGAACUCGAAAGCCAUAGGCAAGCUGGAGAUGAGACAUGGGUGUUCUUUCGAGAAGACGUAUGGGUCGUCACUCAGUCUGAAAAGAACCUUUUCGAUGAGCGCGGCGCCGACGAAUGGAGAGAACUCGAAGCCAGCACGAAUCAGAUGCGCGGGGGAUAG